UUUUUUUGUGUGUGGUGGAAAUAUAAAGCUGAACGGGAGAAGAGGCAAAGAAGCCCUAGACUGUCUCCCUGGUUUUGGAUCCAUCUGUGCGAGGGGGAGAAAACAAUCUCAGCUCCAGCCCAACAAGUGGAUUUUAUUUUAAUUUUUUUCUUUUCAUUUUUUCUCUUUUUUUCUUUUUUUCUUUUUUCUUUUUUUUUCUUUAAUUUUUUCCGCCCCCUUUUCCACCCCGCCACCCACCGGCAAAGUGGGGUGGACGUAAAGUGGGUGGGUGGGGGGGAAAAGAGGCAGCGAUCUCCGUGGCGGGGGCUGAGCAUGGAAGAGCCGCCGGAGGGGCACGGCCACCGAGACGCGGCGCCCGGUCCGGCGAGCAGCGGCAGCGAUGGCGAGAGCGUCCCUGUGUCCCCCAGCCCCGCGCCCGCCUCCCCCGCUGCGCCCUGCCCCCUGCCCCUGCCCCGCCGCCGCCACCCGCCGCCCCCGCCGCCGCCCCUGCCGCCGCCACCCCACCGCACCACCAACUUUUUCAUCGACAACAUCCUGAGGCCGGACUUCGGCUGCAAGAAGGAGCCACCCGCGCCGGCCGGCGGUGGAGGAGGAGGAGGCAGCCGGGAGCGGGAUGGAGACCGGGGGCAGAGCUCAGGUAGAGAAAACGUCAACCCGCUGCUGGCCCGGCCGCCCAAUCCGCCCUCUCUCCUCUGCCCGGACUCGAACUGCCGUCCCGACGGCUCCGCGCCGCCGCCGCCGCCCGUCGCCGCCGCCGCCGCCAAAGGCAGCCCCGCCGCGGCGGUAGCGGCGGCGUCGGGGGCGGCCAAGCCCCCCACCGACGGGGGCGAGACUCACCCGGCGAAGUACGGGGAGCACGGCAGCCCCGCCAUCCUCCUCAUGGGCUCUAAUAAUGGAGGACCUGUUAUAAAGCCCGACUCUCAACAGCCGCUGGUGUGGCCUGCCUGGGUCUACUGCACUAGGUAUUCAGACAGACCGUCCUCGGGCCCCCGCACCAGGAAGCUGAAGAAGAAGAAGACGGAGAAGGAGGACAAGCGGCCACGGACGGCGUUCACGGCCGAGCAGUUGCAGCGACUGAAGGCGGAGUUCCAGGCGAACCGGUACAUCACCGAGCAGCGGCGACAGAGCCUGGCCCAGGAGCUCAGCCUCAACGAGUCCCAGAUCAAGAUCUGGUUCCAGAAUAAACGAGCCAAGAUCAAGAAGGCGACGGGCAUCAAGAAUGGGCUGGCGCUGCACCUCAUGGCCCAGGGACUCUACAACCACUCCACCACCACCGUGCAGGACAAAGAGGAGAGCGAGUGAAGGGGUGAGGACCCUAGGUCUGCACCGCGGCACCGGCCAGGGAGUGGACAGGUGCUAUUUAAAAGCAGAUCUAUUGUCUAUCCAUAGUAUAAGGACUCCGAUUAAGAAAAAGAAAAAAUAUGAACACUUUAAAAAAGAAAAAAAUUAUCUCUAUAUAGCCAAACAGCAUAUGACCUUGUAUAUAUUUAAUUUCAGGUAAGAAAUAUGUGUAGCGCUCUCUAUUUGCUGGACAGUUUCUCUCUCCUCUCUCUCUCUCUCUCUUCCCCUGUCUUUUGUUCAUUUUGUUUGCUUUUUUUCCUCUUCCUCUCUCUCUCUCUCUCUCUCUCUCUUUUUUUUUUCCCAUUUCCGUUGCUCUUGUUUUACAGUAAAUGUCUGACAUUUCUGAUCUUUCAUUUAAUCUUUUUUUUUUUUUUGGUGUGUGUGUGUUUUUGAAUUUCUGUCUCUUUCAUUUUUUUUCCUGAGGAAAAAAAAAAUAAUUCUGAUCCACAGACUGCGAGACUGAACCCGCCGCUACAAGCCAAAGAUUUUAUUAUGUUCAGAAAUCUGUAGUCUGAAAUAAAGUGUAGACUGUGUUCAGGA